AUUCCGCAUCAAAAAUAAAGAAAGUUUUUUUUUCUUAAUUUAUAAGCUAACAGAUAACAAGAAGAUAUAUCAAAAUGAAGAAUCUAUCUUAUACUGAAGUGGUUACUACACCUAAUUAUUUAUAUGUUUUUAACUUCGAGAAAAAUUUCGUUUAUAUAGAAACUAAAAGAUGGAUGCAAAAUAAUUUGACGAAUAGUAUUUAUUAUUGUAUUAUUUAUGUUAUUCUAGUCUUUGGUGGUAAAUAUUACAUGUCAAAAAGACAAAGAUUUAAUCUCAGAGGUGCACUUAUAUUGUGGAGUUCAUUGCUUUCAUUGUUCUCUAUUAUUGGGCUGUCUAGAACAUUACCAGAAAUGAUUCAUAUAUUAACACAUCACGGUUUCUAUCAUAGUGUUUGUAUACCUAGCUUUAUUGAACAGGAUGUGGUAUCUGGUUUUUGGUCAUGGAUGUUUGCUCUAUCAAAACUUCUGGAAUUUGGAGACACAAUCUUUAUAGUGUUACGAAAGCAGGAAUUAAUUUUCUUGCAUUGGUAUCAUCACAUAACAGUUCUUGUUUACGCGUGGUUCUCAUAUGCAAACAAUAUUGCAUCCGCGAGAUGGUUUAUGGUGUUAAAUUAUUUUGUACAUUCCAUAAUGUAUAGUUAUUAUGCUCUGAAAGCAAUGAGAUACAAAACACCAGUAUUCAUUCCAAUGUUAAUUACCAUUUUACAGAUAACUCAAAUGAUUUUAGGUUGCAUCAUAAGUAUUGUGAGUUAUCAUUAUUUGGAAAGCCACAAAGAAUGUAAAAAUUUGCGUAUACAUAUGAUUUUUAGUAUACUUAUGUAUCUUAGUUAUUUCAUUCUUUUUUGCAAAUUCUUUUACAAAUCUUAUAUUGACAAAAAUGGUAAAUUCCAAAAGAAAAUUACUAUAAACGGAACAAUGGAUCAUAAAAAGUUUAAAGCUAACUGAAACACAUCAAAAUUUUU